AUGGCUGAAAAAGCAGAAUUACAUGACGGAGUAUUUAUGGUACGAAAUCUUCCCGAUGAAGAGAUUGAUCGUGAUUUUAUUGAAAAACUGUUCAAACGUUAUUGCAAAUAUGUCAUGCGCCAUUCUAUUGAUGAAUCAAAAGCGUAUUAUGUUGUUCCAAAAGCAAAUCGCGAAGAAAUCAAAGCGAUACUAGAAAAUUUAGUUGGUAAAACAUUCAAAAAUCAUGAAAUUUGGUGUUGCAAAGAAUUUUACGAACAAAAUUAUCGAUUAGGUCGACCAACUAGAUGGUAA